CAAUGUGGAACAUGGUCUUUUGCCUGCUAAUGCCUGCAAUGCAGUGAAGAAAACGAUAUGACAAUAAUAACGUCUAAUGUAACUGGCCCCUCUAACAGUACAACUGGCCCCAGCUUGGCCCCCCCCCCAGUUGAAAUGCUCUAGAACCGCCACUGCUCAAGCGCCCUGGUGUCGGAGUAGGGGUUCUUGUCACAGAUUCAGCUCACUCCAACUACGUCCUCGUAGGGAAGCGAAAAAAUGCAAUGGGCAAAGGAACGUAUCAGCUACCUGGCGGUCAUCUAGAAUUUGGAGAGACCUGGGAAGAAUGCGCACACAGGGAGGUGAUGGAAGAGGCAGGAGUGCGCCUAAAAGAAGUCAGGUUCGCAUCCGUGGUGAACUCCAUCAAGCUCGGUGAGCAGUACCACUACAUCACCAUCAUCAUGCAAGGAGAAGUGGACAGGAGCUACCCAGCAGAGCCAGUCAACCUCGAACCAGAGAAAAAUGAAGGUUGGACAUGGACACGGUGGGACCAGUUUCCUCAGGAGGACCAACUCUUCCUGCCUCUGGCCUGCCUGAGACAACAGGGCUUCCAGCCGUUCAACGCCACAUAACACUCCAGCUACCCAGAAACAGAGAAGAGAGGGGCGAAGCACAGGGAUAGAAGACGCAUACAUUAGAACUGCUUUGUAGGACCUAAUCAAGUCAGGCAGUUGGGUAAACAUGGUAACGGUUGAACUAAUGUUGAUCAGCACCUUUGGUUGGGUAAACAUGGCAACGGUUGCUGGACUUAUGAGGGGACAACUCAUGGAUCUAACAGAAGAAGGAAGUUAUGACAACAAAUCAUUACAGUUUGAGUGUAUUUAUAUCACUGUAAAGUUCAUUCAAAACACACUGUACUACAAAUAACCUGUAUGUGUUUUGUCAAUAUUAAAAGUAACAUUAGAAGUA